AGACACUUGGAUGAUAAACGAAUACAAGCACAUUGGAAGGGAGAACGCAGCCAAGAGAAUACAAGCUGCUUACCUUCGCUUAGGAUCUAACUGUACCGCUUCUGCUUCCGCUCUCCUCGUCAACCACCGCUACCAUUACUUCAUGAAGUUCGAUGAUGAUGAUGUGCCGAUACCGGUGCAGAACAAGCCCUACCUGGGUGAUAUUAUGGUUCACCUCAUGAAGGGCCGUUAUUUCAGUGGAUCGAAGUCAGUCGGCGUCAUGUUUGCGAAAAGAUUUUCCGAUAUUGCCAAGAAUAAAGCCAAAAGGCCCGAGGUCACAAUUCCAAUGAUUGCUUUGACAGCCACUUCGGUGUACGCAGCGCUCUUCUGGAAGGCACAUGGUGCUCCGGCCAAGUUUAACUUUACCGGAAAUCAAUUUAGCGAGGUCUAUUUCUUCCAUGUCAAAUUCCUAAAAGAUCUCAGCGCAAAAUCACCCGAGAAAUUCCACAAGCUGAUGGCCGAUAUCUUCGCUGCAAUACAGGAUCUCAUGCAGUACAAGAACGCCGCCACUGAUGCAGAAGCUGAUGCGCUUGCAUUCCUCGACCUCGACGGGAUGGACGAGGACUAAAUCUCCUUAGUAUUGCCUCUUGAAAUUGUUAUAUACUUGCCUUGCUCUUGACUAUUACAUUCUUUUUAAUGAAAACUAAUUUCUUUCUUGUA